AGAGCCAGGUACACAUGAAACAACAGCCAUCAAUACAGCUACCACAGAUACAGGUACCAAAGAGCCAGGUACACAUGAAACAACAGCCAUCAAUACAGCUACCACAGAUACAGGUACCAAAGAGCCAGGUACACAUGAAACAACAGCCAUCAAUACAGCUACCACAGAUACAGGUACCAAAGAGCCAGGUACACAUGAAACAACAGCCAUCAAUACAGUUACCACAGAUACAGUUACCAAAGAGCCAGGUACACAUGAAACAACAGCCAUCAAUACAGCUACCACAGAUACAGGUACCAAAGAGCCAGGUACACAUGAAACAACAGCCAUCAAUACAGCUACCACAGAUACAGGUACCAAAGAGCCAGGUACACAUGAAACAACAGCCAUCAAUACAGCUACCACAGAUACAGGUACCAAAGAGCCAGGUACACAUGAAACAACAGCCAUCAAUACAGCUACCACAGAUACAGGUACCAAAGAGCCAGGUACACAUGAAACAACAGCCAUCAAUACAGCUACCACAGAUACAGGUACCAAAGAGCCAGGUACACAUGAAACAACAGCCAUCAAUACAGCCACCACAGAUACAGGUACCAAAGAGCCAGGUACACAUGAAACAACAGCCAUCAAUACAGGUACCAAAGAGCCAGGUACACAUGAAACAACAGCCAUCAAUACAGGUACCACAGAUACAGGUACCAAAGAGCCAGGUACACAUGAAACAACAGCCAUCAAUACAGGUACCACAGAUACAGGUACCAAAGAGCCAGGUACACAUGAAACAACAGCCAUCAAUACAGGUACCACAGAUACAGGUACCAAAGAGCCAGGUACACAUGAAACAACAGCCAUCAAUACAGGUACCAAAGAGCCAGGUACACAUGAAACAACAGCCAUCAAUACAGCUACCACAGAUACAGGUACCAAAGAGCCAGGUACACAUGAAACAACAGCCAUCAAUACAGCUACCACAGAUACAGUUACCAAAGAGCCAGGUACACAUGAAACAACAGCCAUCAAUACAGGUACCAAAGAGCCAGGUACACAUGAAACAACAGCCAUCAAUACAGUUACCACAGAUACAGGUACCAAAGAGCCAGGUACACAUGAAACAACAGCCAUCAAUACAGUUACCACAGAUACAGGUACCAAAGAGCCAGGUACACAUGAAACAACAGCCAUCAAUACAGCUACCACAGAUACAGGUACCAAAGAGCCAGGUACACAUGAAACAACAGCCAUCAAUACAGCUACCACAGAUACAGGUACCAAAGAGCCAGGAACACAUGAAACAACAGCCAUCAAUACAGCUACCACAGAUACAGGUACCAAAGAGCCAGGUACACAUGAAACAACAGCCAUCAAUACAGCUACCACAGAUACAGUUACCAAAGAGCCAGGUACACAUGAAACAACAGCCAUCAAUACAGGUACCAAAGAGCCAGGUACCAAAGAGCCAGGUACACAUGAAACAACAGCCAUCAAUACAGCUACCACAGAUACAGGUACCAAAGAGCCAGGUACACAUGAAACAACAGCCAUCAAUACAGCUACCACAGAUACAGGUACCAAAGAGCCAGGUACACAUGAAACAACAGCCAUCAAUACAGCUACCACAGAUACAGGUACCAAAGAGCCAGGUACACAUGAAACAACAGCCAUCAAUACAGCUACCACAGAUACAGGUACCAAAGAGCCAGAUACACAUGAAACAACAGCCAUCAAUACAGCUACCACAGAUACAGGUACCAAAGAGCCAGGUACACAUGAAACAACAGCCAUCAAUACAGCUACCACAGAUACAGGUACCAAAGAGCCAGGUACACAUGAAACAACAGCCAUCAAUACAGCUACCACAGAUACAGGUACCAAAGAGCCAGGUACACAUGAAACAACAGCCAUCAAUACAGCUACCACAGAUACAGGUACCAAAGAGCCAGGUACACAUGAAACAACAGCCAUCAAUACAGUUACCACAGAUACAGGUACCAAAGAGCCAGGUACACAUGAAACAACAGCCAUCAAUACAGCUACCACAGAUACAGGUACCAAAGAGCCAGGUACACAUGAAACAACAGCCAUCAAUACAGCUACCACAGAUACAGGUACCAAAGAGCCAGGUACACAUGAAACAACAGCCAUCAAUACAGCUACCACAGAUACAGGUACCAAAGAGCCAGGUACACAUGAAACAACAGCCAUCAAUACAGCCACCACAGAUACAGGUACCAAAGAGCCAGGUACACAUGAAACAACAGCCAUCAAUACAGCUACCACAGAUACAGGUACCAAAGAGCCAGGUACACAUGAAACAACAGCCAUCAAUACAGCUACCACAGAUACAGUUACCAAAGAGCCAGGUACACAUGAAACAACAGCCAUCAAUACAGCUACCACAGAUACAGGUACCAAAGAGCCAGGUACACAUGAAACAACAGCCAUCAAUACAGCUACCACAGAUACAGGUACCAAAGAGCCAGGUACACAUGAAACAACAGCCAUCAAUACAGCUACCACAGAUACAGGUACCAAAGAGCCAGGUACACAUGAAACAACAGCCAUCAAUACAGCUACCACAGAUACAGGUACCAAAGAGCCAGGUACACAUGAAACAACAGCCAUCAAUACAGGUACCACAGAUACAGGUACCAAAGAGCCAGGUACACAUGAAACAACAGCCAUCAAUACAGCUACCACAGAUACAGGUACCAAAGACAGUGAGACCACAGGUACAGGGAUCACAAAGUCCACCAUCCCACCAACUGGUCAGACCUCUCUCCCGGUAACUGAGGGUAGUACCCUGUCUUCAACACCCCUCGCCGCUACUACAAGGGGCCCUGAGACCUCUCUCCCAGUGACCGAUGGCUCCACGUCCUCAUCCCCCACCGCUACCAUUACAGGGAGCCCUCAUACAGACAAAACCACUGGAACAGAGGGGACUACCGAUUCUACAACCACAGCUGGCACUCCAGCUUCGCCCCCCACCUCCAGCUCUUCCUCCAGCCCACCCUCUCCAGGCUCUACCCAAACCCCAGGCAGCAGCACUGCUGCCCCCGUAGACACCUCCACCACCACCCCUUCCCCCUCUCCCACCAUCACACCUACAGGAGAAACCCAUGGGCAACCAACGAGCAAAACUAGUGAGAGCCCUCUUCCUCCUUUCCACACCUCGACCUCCCCUACCGGUGGAAGCACCACCCAGCCAGAGUCAGCCGUCACUGCUGCCCCCUCCCUGCCUCCACCCAUCUCCAUAGUGUGUCCCUCCACUCCCUGUCCGUUUGAUAGCAUCUGUCUCAACGGCACCUGCCAGUGUGUGUCUGGGACCUUCCUCUUAGAGGGCCGCUGUGUACAAGCCCGAGUGUUCUCUGGAGACCUGCAUCUCAACCAGACAUUUCAGGCUGAAAUGAGCAACCGGUCAUCAGAGAUAUUUCAGCGAACAGCAGCCAGGAUCUCAGAGGCACUGAGAAGAGCCUUGGAAAACGAGUCUGGGUACAGCCAGACUGAUGUCGUGCUGCUGAGGCAAGGCAGUGUGAUAGCGACCGUGAACAACGUGUUUACACUAGGCUCCAGUGCCACCCAGACUUCGACCAAUGGCGCUAUAGAGAGAGCCAUACAUGCCUGUGUGUCGACCUGUGGGACCAUACUGGAAAGAGCUGCAUUUACCGCCACUGACCUAUGUGAUCAGACCCCCCAACCGUGUGAUGUCCGCUCUACUACGUGCAAGUACAAAGAAGAUGGAGUGACCAGAUGCUCCUGUAAGGCUGGCUACAUCAACAGCUUCUACUCAAACCGAAGCUGCACAGCCUGUCCCAGUGGUCAACGGUCAGAGGGAGACACAUGUGUGCCAUGCACGUUUGGCUACGCUGGAUUCAACUGCGCUGACUCGGCUCUGUUGGCAGUGGUGGUCAUCGCCUGUGUACUGGGGGGAGUCCUCCUCAUCAUGCUGCUGGCCCUGCUUGCAUACUGCUGCUGGUACCGGUCGCAGUCGGUGAAGAAGCCUUCAGCAGAGUUCAGCAGCCCGUACCCUGUGGAGGACUUCCAGGGCCCCUGGUCCACCACCCAGGGCAUCACCCGAAUCCCCCGGGCCAGCACCAACUGGGACUCAGCCCCCAUGGAGAUGACCGAGGGGGGCAGCACACACACCCUGUUUGACAUGAAGCCCCAAACCAACGGAGCGGGAUUCCACAUCCUGCCUAAACGGGGAAAGAAGACCGGGUCGUAUGACCUGACCUCAGACAGCAUGAACACGUUCAAGGGGAAGAACCAGUCUCGCUACUCCUACCUGAUGCAGGGCCACGAGAACCCUUACUUCAAACCUGCAGAUGAGAGGAGACCCGUAUGAGAACCACAGUGACGUCUGGAGACAAGGGCCCGUUACUCACAAGUGUCUCCGAGCAGAAAUGCUGACCUUUUUGCCUUCUUAAAUUAUAAUGACUAAAAAGGGGAGACCUGAUCCUAGAUCAGCACUUCAGAGAUGCUUUGUGAAUAUUUGCCGUUGAGAGGAGAGAAGGACGGGUUAGACUGAGAGAGGAGGGAAGGCUACAGGGAAGGUGGGGGCUAUCGCGCAGGAAUGGCUAACGAUCAAAUUGAGAAGUCACUGACUUCUAGUAACUCUGGGUAUAGGUACAUCCUCUCACUGUAUUUGUGUUGAAUUGUGUAAAACGUUUUCUUUUCAUCAGGAUGUUCGGAUAGAUGUCAUGUACUGUCUAGGGCAUCUGGAGUCAUUCAUGGUUUAAUGACACAACUACAAGGGACUUGACAGCAGGCUUUUAAAUAUGUUCUUCUGGAAUCCAUUCUCAAAAUCAGCUUUAUGAUUCAGAACGAUUUGGAGUCCAACGUUCAUUGACUUCACAGGGAUUCACGUCAAUAACUGACCCCACCAAAAAGGAUUUUGCUCACUACAAAUGUCAUGGUUUACUUUUGAAACAUUCCGUUCAUCUGAUCAUAGUCUUUAUCCUGUUCUGCAAUACAAAGAGAGGAUUCUGAACAAGAUUUGGAACAAAAAUAUACACUGCUCAAAAAAAUAAAGGCAACACUAAAAUAACACAUCCUAGAUCUGAAUGAAUGAAACAUUCUUAUUAAAUACUUUUUUCUUUACAUAGUUGAAUGUGCUGACAACAAAAUCACACAAAAAUUAUCAAUGGAAAUCAAAUGUAUCAACCCAUGGAGGUCUGGAUUUGGAGUCACACUCAAAAUUAAAGUGGAAAACCACACUACAGGCUGAUCCAACUUUGAUGUAAUGUCCUUAAAACAAGCCAAAAUGAGGCUCAGUAGUGUGUGUGGCCUCCACGUGCCUGUAUGACCUCCCUACAACACCUGGGCAUGCUCCUGAUGAGGUGGCGGAUGGUCUCCUGAGGGAUCUCCUCCCAGACCUGGACUAAAGCAUCCGCCAACUCCUGGACAGUCUGUGGUGCAACGUGGCGUUGGUGGAUAGAGCGAGACAUGUUGUCCCAGAUGUGCUCAAUUGGAUUCAGGUCUGGGGAACGGGCGGGCCAGUCCAUAGCAUCAAUGCCUUCCUCUUGCAGGAACUGCUGACACACUCCAGCCACAUGAGGUCUAGCAUUGUCUUGCAUUAGAAAGAACCCAGGGCCAACUGCACCAGCAUAUGGUCUCACAAGGGGUCUGAGGAUCUCAUCUCGGUACCUAAUGGCAGUCAGGCUACCUCUGGCGAGCACAUGGAGGGCUGUGCGGCCCCUCAAAGAAAUGCCACCCCACACCAUGACUGACCCACCGCCAAACCGGUCAUGCUGGAGGAUGUUGCAGGCAGCCUCUGUCACGUCUGUCACAUGUGCGUGUGAACCUGCUUUCAUCUGUGAAGAGCACAGGGCGCCAGUGGCGAAUUUGCCAAUCUUGGUGUUCUCUGGCAAAUGCCAAACGUCCUGCACGGUGUUGGGGUGUAAGCACAACCCCCACCUGUGGAUGUCGGGCCCUCAUACCACCCUCAUGGAGUCUGUUUCUGACCGUUUGAGCAGACACAUGCACAUUUGUGGCCUGCUGGAGGUCAUUUUGCAGGGCUCUGGCAGUGCUCCUCCUAAUCCUCCUUGCACAAAGGCGGAGGUAGCGGUCCUGCUGCUGGGUUGUUGCCCUCCUACGGCCUCCUCCACGUCUCCUGAUGUACUGGCCUGUCUCCUGGUAGCGCCUCCAUGCUCUGGACACUACGCUGACAGACACAGCAAACCUUCUUGCCACAGCUCGCAUUGAUGUGCCAUCCUGGAUGAGCUGCACUACCUAAGCCACUUGUGUGGGUUGUAGACUCCGUCUCAUGCUACCACUAGAGUGAAAGCACCGCCAGCAUUCAAAAGUGACCAAAACAUCAGCCAGGAAGCAUAGGAACUGAGAAGUGGUCUGUGGUCACCACCUGCAGAACCACUCCUUUAUUGGGGGUGUCUUGCUAAUUGCCUAUAAUUUCCACCUUUUGUAUAUUCCAUUUGCACAACAGCAUGGGACAUUUAUUGUCAAUCCGUGUUGCUUCCUAAGUGGACAGUUUGAUUUCACAGAAGUGUGAUUGACUUGGAGUGACAUUGUGUUGUUUCAGUGUUCCCUUUAUUUUUUUGACCAGUGUAUAUAAAAUUAUGUUUUAUUUGUGUCCAUUAGGCUGUGUUUAGACUGGCAGCCCAAAUCAUUAUUUUUUCUCUUUUGAAAAAUAUCUGGUGUGAAAAGAUCUGAAGACCAACUAGUUGGGGGGGGGGGAAAGGGUCAGAAUUGGACUGCCUUAAACGCAGCCGUAUUAAAUGAAGAGUGAGCUGAAUAUAGCUUGUCACCGCCAGUAGUUGUCGCCAUUGUUCAGGGUAAAGCGUUUCUUUUUUUUCUUUUUUUACAGUAUCCUGGUACAUUUAGUUACCUUGUAUGUCUAUGUCUUAUUGAAGAGAUUGCUGAUAUAUUUUAUUGAAGAUUGGUCCUUCUGCAUUGUAGUUUCUACGCUCUCACAAUCAACAUAGUAUUUCAAAGUGAUUCGUCUAUUGCUAAUUGCACUAAAUUAUGUAUUUGUGUUUCACUACAUGUGUUUUGUUUGGGUGGGGGGAAUCAUAGACACAUUCUCAGUGAGAGCAAAUUUAUUUUUAUAUUUUUACUUUAGGAUUGAUUGUGUUUUCAUGAGGAGAGAUGUGUGUGUGAAGGAGCUGGAUCCCUAGUUCAGGGGUUUAUACAGUAAAGGGAUAUUUUGUAUUAGUCUGGUCUGGAGCUGAGUAGACCUACUCUACAGUCUAUUAGUCUGGCCUGGAGCUGAGUAGACCUACUCUACCGUCUAUUAGUCUGGCCUGGAGCUGAGUAGACCUACUCUACAGUCUAUUAGUCUGGCCUGGAGCUGAGUAGACCUACGCUACAGUCUAUUAGUCUGGCCUGGAGCUGAGUAGACCUACGCUACAGUCUAUUAGUCUGGUCUGGAGCUGAGUAGACCUACACUACAGUCUAUUAGUCUGGCCUGGAGCUGAGUAGAUCUACUCUAUAGUCUAUUAGUCAGCCUGGGGCUGAGUAGACCUACUCUACAGUCUAUUAGUCUGGCCUGGAGCUGAGUAGACCUACACUACAGUCUAUUAGUCUGGCCUGGAGCUGAGUAGAUCUACUCUACAGUCUAUUAGUCAGCCUGGAGCUGAGUAGACCUACUCUACAGUCUAUUAGUCUGGCCUGGAGCUGAGUAGACCUACUCUACAGUCUAUUAGUCUGGCCUGGAGCUGAGUAGACCUACUCUACAGUCUAUUAGUCAGCCUGGGGCUGAGUAGACCUACUCUACAGUCUAUUAGUCUGGCCUGGAGCUGAGUAGACCUACACUACAGUCUAUUAGUCUGGCCUGGAGCUGAGUAGAUCUACUCUACAGUCUAUUAGUCAGCCUGGAGCUGAGUAGACCUACUCUACAGUCUAUUAGUCUGGCCUGGAGCUGAGUAGACCUACAUCCUCUGCUAUUAGUACCUUCCCCGCUGAAGCUGCCUGCAUCUGCAAACGUGCCUGUUUUGAUUGGUCUUUUUGAAGAAUAGGAAAAUUAUGCAAAAAAAACUCUCGACAAAGCUUGUUCUCAGAUGUGCCAAUUACAAUGUCUAUACACUUCCGCAAAAAUAUGAUGUUAAUGGAAGUCUCAUAUGUCUGUGUGUGUUUGUGAGUAUGUGUCUUGUGCACAAUUUUCUAAAUGUAUGUACAACUUUUGUAAAUGAAACGUCUUACUGCAGAGAAUGAUGUAAGUGCGAUGAAAAUAUAUACAUUCGAACACACAA